UUGACGCAGUUGUUCGUUUUGCUAUGUGUUUCACGGCUGGGAGAGCUUCAUGUCACCUUGAGUGGUUUUGCUGUAAAUGAGAGCAGCAUGGAGUAGGACUCUUCCCCGGCUCUUCAGCUCGGUGUAGCCGCCGAUGAGCGCCAGCAGCGGCUCCUGCUCGGUCCCGGUAUGCCUCGCAGGAAGAAAAACGGGCUGAGCCCCGCGAGAGUCCCCGGGCUGUCAGACGAGAGCAGCCUCGGCUACGGCGGCGCAGGUUACCGACAGCCACGGGGACACGACGGUGCCAUGGCGACUAACUUUUCCUCCAGUACUUCUUCGCUGCCCAGUUCCGAGAAGGAGAAGAUCGUCAAAAACAUGCAGGAGAUGUUCUCCCAUUUGGACCCCGAAGUGAUUUACAUCGUGCUGUCCGAAUGUGAUUUUAAAGUUGAGAAUGCAAUGGAUUCUCUCUUGGAGCUCUCUGUGGCUGCUGAAGAUGCAGGCCCUCAGUCUUCUUACGUCUCUGGCUUUGAACUCACUGCUGCAGCCCUCCUCAAUCCCCAUGUUUCUGGACCUUGCCAAGACAAAGACCCCUCCAAACCUGAACAACUGAGCUCCUCCCCUCUCACCACACCCCCCCUGACAGAGGAGAUUGAUCUGGAGCUAGAGACAUUGACCAAACAAUCAGCGCUUAUGGACGAGAUUCCUAGUGAUCAGUAUUUGACAGCUGCUGCCCCCCUCUCCUCUUUCCCCCCACCUCCUGUCCCACAGCAGGUCCUUCCUGAGCUGCUUCAGUCCAGCCAGGAGCCUGGAGCUCACAGGCCCUCUGUUGAGCAGCCAUGCCCACUGGUGGAGCAAGCCUCCUCUCCUCUCAACCAGCUCAGCUAUUGGGAAGAAGAGGACAAUAAGCAGCAGUCAGUGCUGGACUUCACCCAUUUGACAGCAGAAACACCUGCAGACAAGCCCAAACUUUCUUUGGACCUGGGAGCCUGUGGACGUCCCUCAGCGUUCCAGGUUUAUAAAAAACAAGAGCAGCCACACACACUUUCAGAGAGGACUGGAGGCAUUCCCCCAGGAGGGAUAGGUGGGGGGGCGAGAUCUAAGGUGAGUACUGAGAGUCAGGAAACAUUUGGCAACAUGACAUCGUCCUGGAACCCUGAGGCUCCGGCAUUCUGUCCCCGUUUCCAAGGAAACCAGGGGCUGGCCUUCAUCACCCCUGUGGCUCAAACACCUUCCCCUUGGCAUACUCAAGCCAGACAGGCCUCUCACUGGUUGACUCAGGGGCCUGUUAGACAGGCACCUCUUAAACCAUCUGCUACUGUCCCAAAGUCGUGGGCCAUGCCUGCUGCUCCACAGGGUCCCACCUCACAUAGCAGGCUUCGUUUAGAAGGGAGGGUCCUAGUGCUACUGCGUGGUGCUCCGGGAUCUGGCAAGUCAACCAUGGCCAGAGCCAUACUGGAGCAUAACCCAGGUGCAGUUGUAUUGAGCACUGAUGACUAUUUCACACGCAAUGGAGAAUAUCAGUUUGACCUCUCUGCCCUUGGGGAGGCUCAUGAGUGGAACCAGAAGCGAGCCAAGGAGGCUUUUGAGAGUGGCGCUAAUCCCAUCAUCAUUGACAAUACCAACAUGCAGGGCUGGGAGAUGAGACCCUAUGUAAACCAGGCACUGAAACAUAAAUAUAAGGUCCUGUUCCGUGAGCCUGACACUUGGUGGAAGAACAAGCCCAGAGAACUGGGGAGGCGCAGCAAGCACAAUGUGCCAGUGGAAAAGAUCCGGCGUAUGCUUGAUGGCUAUGAGCGUUUUGUCUCCAUCCAGUCUAUUAUGGGUUCACAGCCGCCUGAGCGGAAACAGCUUGUCUGCCAGGAGAACACAUGCUCACAACCUAGACCCAUGUCAUCUGAAACACCUCGCCCUGAUCUCGUAGGAGAGCCUGGGCGGACUGAGAAGUGUGAGAAAUCCCACUCGCAGCUAUCUUCCUCCCUUCCUGAUGUGUCAUCUAUUGGUCAUUCUGGGGAGAUGGGAAUACUGGAAGACAGCAGCCAUAACUCCGCUGAAUCGCUCAAUCUCCCUAGUGAAAGGUUGUUGGAAAACCCUGACACUCAUAAUGAGAACAGUGAGAUGGACGUAGCGGCACUGGACUCUGAAUUGGAUAUCCAGUUAAAUGCCUGUCAUCUAAGUGGAGCUCAGGGAAUUCCUGAUUGUAUAGUGGAAUCAGUGUUGAAUGAAGAUCAUCAUGGAGAUGAGACACCCAUGGCUUUCUCAGAGUCCAUCGGCCAAAGGGUAAGGAGAGAGAGGCAAAGCAGGUAUGGCUCUCAUAGGCUGGAGCCUGCUGAUCUGGUUAAGGAUACUAACCAAUCAAGGAGAGAGGGAGAGGAGGAAGAAGGGAUUCAGGAUGAAGGGAUGGUAGCAAAUGACUUAGUGAGUAACUGUACAGAGAAAGGUAGGCCUGAACUGUUGGAUUUUAUUGGGGAUUGGCCUGCUGAAAGAGGGAUGGAACAGCGACAGCUGAGGAGAAGGGAAAGGGAUAGAGAGCAAAAUAGGGAGAAAGAGGAAGGGAUGACUAAAGGAGUCGCUCAUCACAAUAACGCAAAGAGAAUUCAGCCAGCACCUGAUGUAACAGAAUUCCAGAAGCUUCUUGAUCUCAUUCAGACAGGCUUAAACACCACUGAUACUGCCUCUUCCCCUGACUUCGCCCAUUAUCUUAGCUCUGAGGAGGAAUCAGAGAGGGAGGAGGACACAGGCAGCAGGUGUCAGGGGUCCCAGGGCGAUAGGUCCAGCAGUGAAGAGAGAGAGCAAGACAUGAACAAGAAUGACGUUGUUAGAGCGGAAUUGCCUGACUGUGUGUUAGACUGGAAGGCAACCAACUCUCCUGCAGUCAGGCAACCACCAAAAUCUACAGUAUCUGAAUCAGCAUUAGGUGAAAUGUUUGAAAAUACAAAUAACAGUACCACCGAAGGGAAUGACCAUAUGGUAGAGAUUUGUAGAGAGUCUGUGGAUUUGGAGUCUAAGAAUGUCAGCGGUUCUGGUAGUGCUGAUUUAAUAGUUACCUCAGAAGUUGUGGAGGCAAAGGUAUGCCAUGAUGGGGCAGGAAGCCACAGUGUUGAAGGUGUUGUUGGUGCAGAGGGUGAUGCUGACAAGGACAUGCGUAAUUACACAGAUAGUGGCUCUCUUAAGGGGUUCAGUGCUAAAGCUGAUGAAAGCCAUAUAGGUGAGGGCAGUCAGAGUCCUGUAUGUGAGGGCACAGUUGAAGCAGAAAGCAGCCCUUUUAGUGGAGGCACUCAGGAGCGAAAACAGCAACAGGGUCGCAGGUCAGGGAAACAGUGCAGGUUAGCCCUCACCUUUACUCAAAACUGCCCCUCUUCCUCAUCUAAAACCCUUGAAGAUAGUACCAGUAUCACCAUCCAGAACCUUAACAGUAGUCAGAGCAGCAUUCAGCCAGAUGCUGGACUUAACUCCAACCCUGAGUGUCACCUAAAUCACGACCCCAAAUCAAAACACGGUCUGUAUCCUGAACCCAGUCCCAAACUCGAGGUGCAGCCACACAUCCCCGUGGUAGACUCAGGCUGCCCCACCCAGACAGACCCCCAAGACUUUGCCCUCCUUUGGCGCCUUAGUCGUCAUGACAGUCCUGACAACACAGCUGUCAUCACAGGCAGCCACCCCGGUUACAUCAGGAUCCUGACUGGCGACCCUUCCCGCUUUGUGCCCGAGGUGUCCUGUGCCACCUCUGCAGCAGUUGCAGUUCACCCGUCCGGCCACAGUGAGGUGCCCUACCGUGUGGUGCAUGAAAAAGGAACACAGGUGGAGGAGAAAGAUCUUGGGUGUACUGGCAGCCGACUGGAGAGCUUACGCAUCCUCAGCCGUCAUUUUAAACUGGUUAGUUUCGAUACAUUGGAAGACCUGUAUGACAAAUGCCAUCAGGAUCUGGAAUGGACAACCAACCUGCUGCUGGACUCUGGUGAGAGGUUCUUCAGGGAUGAGGAUGGUGAGGUGGAGGAGGAAGAGGAGGAACAGGAGGGUUCUGGGGUUGAAGAUGAUCAGAAUACAUCUUGUUCUAGUGCCUUAGAUGAGCUUGAUGAAAACUGGCAAGAGGCAGGGCCAGCUAGUGGUGUGGAGGUGACUCUGGAGUUAGCCAGUGGAGCAGUUAUUGAGUCAGCUGAGAGCGACAAAAACACUGCCUUAGUGAGUUUUGGAGGUGUACUUUCUCAAGUUUCAUCUACAAAUAAGGAUCAUCCUGAUGAAACAUUGCACCGUGUAAAAUCACCUCCAACUUUACAUAGUCUGGUGAGGGCAGUAAAAGAAGCAGAGGGCACAGAACAGGACGUGACAGCAGCAACUGUACACAGACCAUUUGAGUAUGGGAAUGGAGCUUAUGGUGGGAGCCUUGAUGAUGCAGUGAUAAUUGAGGACUCAAGGGAUGAGAAUGGUGAUGGUGAGAUGUCUAGUAUGGAGGAGAUCACUCAACUGAUGCACGAGAUCGAGAGGACAGAGAAGAAGAAGAGGGAGGAGCAGAGAGAAAGGAGGGACUGGGAGGGUAGAAGAGACCGACACUUGGACAUUCAGAGUGUGGAGCUGAAACUGCCCACUGAGCUGGCAUUACAGCUGACUGAACUGUUUGGUCCUGUGGGAAUAGAUCCAGCUGCUUGCUCCACUGAUGACUAUGCAGUGCGGAUGGACCUGAACCUGGCUAAGAUGCUCCACCAGAAGUGGAAAGACACAAUCCAGGAAAAACAAAGACAAGAAGUACUCUCCUACCACUUGCUUCAGGAAAGUUCAGUUCAUUGGGGUGAAUCACAGGCGACGAAAAGUGAGCCAAGCGAAUGGACCCUGCCUGCCCACUUUCUGAUUGGUACGGAUGCUUAUAGCUCACUGAGCAGCCAACCAAAGGCCCAGGAUGAGAUGCCAUUCAUGGACCACUGGAGUGUGUCCCGCCCUCAUGUCUCUCUGCGGGACAUAAUGACAGAGGAACAGGCUCGACAGGACAGCAUGGAGAAGACCAGAAAGAGCCGUGCAGACCUGGACAGACGGGAUGGGGCAACUCUGUUGAAAGAGAACCAGCUGUACGCCCUAUUUCCCACAAUCGACCGGCACUUCCUGCAGGACAUCUUCAGAGACCACAAUUACUGCCUGGUGCAGACAGAGCAGUUCCUUAACUCCUUACUGGAUGAAGGGCCUGUCAAGACAGUCAUAGCCCCAGGAGCACCCCGGUCUGACCACCACAGAGCAGCCAGCAACGAGAGGGACAAGAAGCAGAAGCCCCUUGAGUUAGCUCUGUCCCACUACCAGGAUAUUGAGGAUCCAGAGUACGAGGACUUCAGGGCCGAAGCCAGCCUGCAGAGGCGCCGGCAGAUUGAGAGUUUCAGCAAGGCUGCAGAGGCUUUCAAGCAAGGGCGCAAAGAUGUGGCAUCUUACUAUGCACAGCAGGGACACCUACAUGGCCAGCGGAUGCGUGAGGCCAAUCACCGUGCAGCGGCUCAAAUAUUUGAGAGGGUCAACUCGUCCCUGCUGCCUAAGAACAUCCUGGACCUUCAUGGGCUGCAUGUAGACGAGGCCCUAGAGCAUCUGGACCAGGUCCUAGAGGACAAAACCGCAGAAUAUGAGCAGGGUCUGUGUCGACCUCAGCUCUCUGUCAUCACAGGAAGAGGGAACCACAGCCAGGGGGGCGUGGCCCGCAUCCGCCCCGCCGUUAUAGACUACCUCACCAACAAGCACUACAGGUUUACUGAGCCAAAGCCAGGUCUUGUAUUGGUUUCUUUGAACUGAGCCGACCCGAGCGCAGCCUCAUUUAAUGGACCCCGUCUAAAGCUGCUAGGGAGGACAGCGGUACCGCCCCCUCGUGCUUCCUCUAAACACUGUCCUUUUGUCCAACCGCUCACGUCAUCUCUUUCGCCCUCCCUCUCCUUUUCACAACUCUCUCUGCCUUUUUGUUUCACAUACUCAACACAGAUUAAUGUCCUCCUUUCCCACUCGUGCCUCACUUUCGCACUGUUUUUUCUUCUCUCCGUCAGUCUCAUAACUGCCAGAUAUCUUAAGCUGAACUGACCUUUAAUCUUGUGUUUUGUACGUGUAAUAGAGAACUGCAUUUGUGUGAUACUCUUAAAUCAGGAUCAGUAUAAAUACAUAUAUAUAUUUGUAAAACUGUGCACAUUUUAUAUUUAAGAAACUUUUUAUAACUUGGUAUAUUUGCUUUACAUUUGCAUUUAUGCAUUUUUAAAGAGAAUGAAUGGAAAACCCAUACUUUGAAGGGUCCAUAUACAAUAUGGUUAUAUUUAAUCUCAUUGGAGUCUUAUCUAGGGUUUUUAGUAAUGUGGAGACAUAUUUUGAGACAAUAUGUAAGCAAUUUGUGUAACCCUAAUUUUGCAGUGAUCACGUGCUCUAAUUGGAGUUGGCUCUCUGAGAAAUUACCACCAAGCCGAAGAAAACAUUUUUUUCAGUUAUUUUAGUCCACAGCAGGAGGUAAAAAUGAGACUUGAACAAGGUGAUCUUCCCUGGUCUUAGCAGUCGCUGCUUUCUUUGCGUCCUCGUAGAAACAAACUGAAACCACUCAUUUACGUGUGCUUAAGACAAAGACUUAGCUGCUGAAGUGUUCUGACUCAGGUAAUAAUGCACCAGUGUUAAAUGUUAUUCUCUUCUAAGGCCAGUCACUUGUUCCCAAACUGUUCCUUGUGAUUUUCUCUACAUAACUUUUUAAAAAACCCACUGUGCCAUUGCCAUAUUAGUAGCAAUAGGUAUUCCUCAGGGUGCAACACUAAAUUUUACAGUUUCAAAAUAGUUUUUCAUUUUCCUACCUGUGUGGUUUUGUUUCUCCCAGAGGUACAAGAAUUAUGUUGUCAAAUUUUAGUGCUUGUACAUAAUUUUGCAAGGACAUAAAAUAUAAAGAAAACUUUGUAUUUUUUUUACUGUUAUUUUUCCCUUGUGGUUUUACAGAUGAUGUACCAUUGAAUAAAGACUUGUUGGUUUCCUGUUGGA